AUGAGGACACUCGAGCUUGUCUAUCAAGAAAUCAUCCUUGACCCCAAAAUCAUAGAGUUCACAGUGGAGGACCCUGCAACUUCCUUCUCGCAGCUGCGCGAUGUAGUCUGUCUCAAACUCGCAAUUGACUUGGGGGUCCUUUCCCCAGAAAUGCUGUACCCUCCUCCCCAGGGGGGCCCCCCGGGGGCCCCCUCGGGCCCCGCGGACUCGCAGCAGCAGCAGCAGCAGCAGCAGCAGGAGGCGUCACAGCCCCCGCCUGAGGGUUCCUCUUCGGCAGCAAGCCCAGGGGCUCCUGAGGCCAGCCGUGGGGGGCCCCCCGGGGGCCCCCAAAAGGGGGGCCCCCACUCGGGGCCCCCCGGAGUACCCUGCGCAGAGUGCUUUAGGAGAGCUCUUAAGGAGACAAAAAGCCAGUCUGUGAGGCUGACGGAGAUCCUGGCCCUCGCUGCUGUUCUCCCAGACCCUCCCCCCGAGCUGCUGGAAGAGUCUCCUGUGAGCAGCAGCAGCAGAAGGGACUGGAGACAAAGCGACGCAGACUUGUCUGCGGAGGCACUGCAGCAGCAGCAGCAGCAGCAGCAGCAGGAGCAGCAAACGGCAGCCGCAGGGCAAGGGUCCGGCGCUGCAGCUCUGCGCCGCCCCGUUGCUGCAGGGAGCCCCCGGGGCCCUCCCGCGAAGCGGCAGGGGCCCCCCUGCGGCAAGGGGGCCCCCGGGGGCCCCCGCAGCUCAGUUGGCUUCCAGGGGGGCCCCCAGUGUCUCCCUGUGAGGCUUAAAAUAAAAAGGAGACUCAAAAGAGACAAUUUUGAUUUGCUGCUGGAGUUGCCGCUGCAGCAGCAAAAGGCAGAGCUCGAGAAGCAGUGGGGAGAGACCUACGCCAUGUACUACAGGACCAUUAUGAAGCUGCGGAGACUCCUCGGGCGCCGGCCAGCAGCAGCAGCAGCAGAGGCAGCAGCAGAACAGACAGCAGCACAAGAGACAGCAGCAGCAGCAGCAGCAGCACCGGGGGAGCAGCAAAAGAGGCGCAGGCAGAUGUCUUGA